GACGGAAUCAACAUGUCUUUACCUUUCAAAGUUUACAACUUUACUUCCAAGAACGCAAAGGCAUUACCUCGUGCUGCUAUUAUUGUCUUACAAGAAUGGUGGGGAGUUAAUGAUAUGAUCAAGCAACAUGCUCAAAAUAUCGCUGACCAUACUGGCGCAUACACAGUUGUUCCUGAUCUUUACAAGGGAAAAGUGGGUGUGAAUGCAGAGGAAGCUAGCCAUUUGAUGAGCAAGUUGGAUUGGAACGUGGCUAUUGGCGAAAUUGAACAGCUUAUUGAUAGCUUAAAUAACCAAGGAUACGAUCGUGUCGGAAGCAUUGGUUUUUGCAUGGGCGGUGGUUUGUCCUUUGCACUGGCUGCUGACGCUGCUAAACGUGGUAAACCUAUCCAAGCUGCUGUUGGAUGCUAUGGCACGCCCCCUGAUCACUUUGAUCUUUCUCUUAUCAAAGAUACUGCUAUCCAAGGCCACUUUGGAGGAAAGGAUAAAAUGGCAGGAUUCAGUGACCCUGCUGCAGCUGACGCUCUCGAGGCAAGGCUUAAGAACGCAAAGGAAGUGAACAUUUACAGAUAUCCCGAACAAGGACACGCCUUCUUGAACGCCGAUGCUUGGGGAGUAAACGUUCGUAAGGAGCUUGGUUUCCUUGAAAAAGACAAGGACGCCAUCGUUGAAGAAAAAGAUAUACGUGAUCAAGCUUGGGGUCGUAUCUUCAACUUCUUCACAAAGCAUUUAUCUUCUGAAUAAAAGAGUUGUCACGCUGAUUUUGUGUGUUUUAUCCCCC